UGAUCUUUAAAAAUAGCCUUAGCAAGGACGCAAAAGCGAACAAAGAACGGUAAUUUUCUAUUAGCCGUGGGUCUCUAUAUCACAAUCCACCCAGUUUAAAGGAUGCACAACUUUUUUGUCAUUCAUGUAACUUAACCCUGUCUAGUUUUUUUUUUCCUUGAGGCAUAGGUUAGGAAGACUUUUAUUUUGAAAGGUAAUGCGAAUAGGAAGUCAGUUCUUGUUGCAAACGUUCAACGCUAUUCACAGGCUGCAGAUUCAUAACUGGGUAUCGUCAUUCUGGUGCCACCGGAAAGGGCUUUACAGUUUUCUUUCUGAGAAAACGAAAUGAAGUCUGACCAAUUGAAGUGGCUUCAUGUGACUUUUCUGCUUGUCCACCAGUGUUCUGUGUCACAAUCAGAUACGUUUCGGGUGUUUGGACCAUCUGCUCCUGUUGUUGUUUUCCGUGGUGAAGACACUGUUCUACCAUGUUACCUCUCACCCAACAUCAGUGCUGUGAACCUAGAGAUCAGGUGGUUUAGAGAGGAUUACACAGCCCCUGUUUGUUUAUACCGAUAUGGCAGGUAUAAUUUUAACAACCAGAUCACAUCCUACAGGGGGAGGGCAGAGCUUUUCCCAGAGGAAUUUAAGAAAUCUAAUGUGUCAUUAAAACUGAAAAGUGUGAGACAUUCCGAUCAUGGACUGUAUAAAUGCAUGGUUAAAUCUCAGCAGUGGUAUGAAGAAGCUAAUAUUUACCUGGCUGUUAGAGCCCUGGGGACACAUCCCUCAGUUUCUCUCCUUCCACCUGGAAGGGAGCAGUCACAGCUGCUGUGCCGAACAGAAGGGUGGUACCCUGAACCUGUAGUGAUCUGGACAGACAGGGAUGGAAACAACGUUACUUCACUCUCCACCACUACUGCUAAGCAGGACAGUCAAGGCCUCUUCAGUGUCAGCAGCUACAUCCCAGUCAAUCAGGAGUCUACUGUCUUCUCCUGCAUGGUUAGAAGUCCGCUACCUGAACCAGACUGGGAAUCUCAGCUUUAUAUAUUUGGUGAAAGUUUCUCAGCACACAGUGGAUUCAUGGUGGCUUUCUUUUUGAUACCAGUUGCCUCUGUUGUAGCAGUGGUACUUCUGGUAAUCCAGUGGAAGAAAAUGAAUGAAAAUGAGAGAAAUGUGGAAUAUAAAGCUAUUCCUUUACUGCGUAGAGAACUUGGUGCAGAGAGACCUAUCCCUAAAUCAGAACGACAGUGGGUGCGCAGUGCAGCAGGUUCCUGUCACCUCACACUGGACCCUAACACAGUACAUUGCCUGCUGUCUCUGUCUGAAAAGAACAGAAAGGUGACAAGGGGAGAGAAGCAGCCAUAUCCUGAUCACCCCGAGAGAUUUGACUUCUGGCAACAAGUGCUGUGCGGCGAGGGACUGACUGGGCGCUGUUACUGGGAGGCUGAGUGGAGUGGAGACUGGGCUUAUAUUGGAGUGACAUAUAAAGGAAUAAAGAGGAAAGGAGAGGGUGACGACACUCACCUUGGGCACAAUGACAAGUCUUGGUGUUUGCAGCGCUGGGGUUCGAAUAGUUCAGCUUGGCACAAUAACAGUAAGACUGACAUAACUGUGCCACUCACCAAAAAAACAGGAGUUUAUCUGGACUGGCCAGUCGGCACACUGUCAUUUUACAGUGUCUCUCCUGAAAUAAUGAUCCACCUGCACACUUUCCACACUGUUUUCACGGAGCCCCUCUACCCAGGGUUUAGAGUUGUUGGUCUUGGCUCCAAUAUGUCUUUGUGUCAGCUGGAAUAGCCGUCUGUGCCCUUCAGGAAUUCUUCUGUCCUCUGCCUGUUAUUAUGGAGAGGUGAGGGACUUCAUUGAGCUCUGUGGAACUAGUGAUGUUAUUGAUUAU